GAUGUGACAGCUGUCAAAUAACAGAAAGACAAAAAUACGCGUUGCUCGCUACGUUAAUAUAAUAAUAUAUAAUAUAAUAAUAUAAUAAAAUAAUACGUUAAUACGUUAAUAUAAUACGCUGCGUAAGCUUCUGUGUGCGGAGUCCUUCUGUUCUGGGCCAUCCCAAACCAAAAAUAUGUCGGACGAAGUGGCCAAAGCACAGGCUGCAGCUGCCGAUGCCGACGAUACGAUCUUUGGCAAAAUCCUGCGCAAAGAAAUCCCCUGCCAAUUCAUCUAUGAAGACGACAGGUGCGUUGCAUUUCACGAUGUAAACCCCCAGGCCCCGGUGCACUUUCUAGUGAUUCCUCGGAAGCCCAUUUCGCAGCUGUCGAAAGCAGCGGAAGAGGAUGAGGCACUGCUGGGCCAUUUGAUGCUGGUCGGCAGGAAAGUAGCAUCCGAACAGGGACUUGAGGAAGGCUUCCGCGUAGUAGUAAACGAUGGCAAAAACGGAGCACAGUCGGUUUACCAUCUUCAUCUACAUUUCCUGGGCGGCAGACAGAUGAAGUGGCCCCCGGGCUAAUGGGCCCUCUCGAGCGCAUGUAUGCCUUUGAAAACUUAUCGGAUGCGAAAUAAAGCUUCAGCCUAUGAUCAUCAGA